ACAGCCGCCACCUCCCGCGGGGCUGAAGAUGGGCCCGGGCGGGGCGGGCGUGCGGGGCCCCCCGGUCACCUUUGCCGACGACGUGUUGCGGGUCUUCGGGGCCAACCGGAGCCUGUCGGCCGGGCAGGUGUCGGCGCUGCUGCAGCGGCUGGGUGCCGCGCCGGCCCUGGGCGCGCUGCUGCCGCUGCCCCACCUGCAGCACAACCAGUGCUUGACUGGUGAGGAAAUUUUUUCUUUGCAUGGGAUACCAAACGACAGUUACAUAUCAAAUUCAGACUUCUCUACAAUAUGUCCUGCUAUUUUGCAACAGCUAAUUUUUCACCCAUGUGAUCAUCAGGAAGACUUUGUGGAUACAUCUAAACCACAUUCUUUACAAGUUUGGGGAUUUGGGUUCCUCGCUGUGACUAUCAUUAACUUGGCAUCACUUCUGGGAUUGAUUUUAACUCCACUGUUAAAGAAGUCAUAUUUCCCCAAGGUUUUAACCUACUUCGUGGGCUUGGCCAUUGGUACUCUCUUUUCUAAUGCAAUUUUCCAGCUCAUUCCAGAGGCAUUUGGGUUUGACCCCAAAGUAGAUAACUAUGUUGAGAAAGCAGUUGCUGUGUUUGGUGGAUUCUAUAUUCUAUUCUUUGUGGAAAGGAUUCUUAAAGUGAUAUUGAAGAUCUAUAACCAGACUGGCCAUAAUGACUCUGAAAAUGGUGAACGGAAUCAUUCUCAAGAUAAGACUAACCCACCCAAGGUGCUAUCAUCCAGCAAUGGGGGGACAUGCUAUGCAAAUUCAGCCGUCAUAGAGAGCAAUGGAAAUCUUGGUUUUGACAGCAUCAGUGUGGUCUCAGCACAGGAAGAAGCCACGCAAGGUGGCUUAUGCAAAUGUCUUCAUGGGCGUCCCCUGUCCAAAAUUGGGACCAUUGCUUGGAUGGUAACACUGAGUGAUGCUGUACAUAAUUUCAUAGAUGGUUUGGCUAUUGGUGCUUCUUUCACUUUGUCUCUGUUUCAAGGGCUUAGUACCUCCAUAGCCAUCUUGUGUGAAGAGUUUCCUCAUGAGUUGGGGGAUUUUGUCAUCUUGCUUAAUGCAGGAAUGAGUACUCGGCAGGCUCUGGUUUUCAACUUUUUGUCUGCAUGUUCCUGUUACAUUGGGUUGGCUUUUGGUAUAUUAGUAGGCAACAACUUUGCUCCUAACAUAAUCUUUGCUGUAGCCGGUGGAAUGUUCCUGUACAUCUCUCUGGCAGAUAUGUUCCCAGAGAUGAAUGAUAUGCUGCGAGAAAAAGUGACGGGAAGAAAGAUGGAUCUUACGUUCUUCCUGAUUCAGAAUGCUGGUUUGCUAACGGGGUUUACUGCUAUACUGAUGAUUACCUUGUAUGCAGGAGAUAUUGAGCUGUGAUAAUGCAACUGAACACGGGAUCAGUACUGAAGACAUCAAGUACAUUACAAACGGAAGAAACUUGAAAUGCAUAAAGGGACAUUCAUUUAAUCUACUUGGUUUUGAGACUGUGACAAGUCCUGUCCUGUCCCCCUUGCUCCAAAUACAGGGAAUUCUUGUUUAGGACUUGUGGUUAAUCCAAAUAGUAGGAGCUGUCAACUUCUGUAUGAUGCCAAAGAACUACUUCUAAUACUUUUAUUUCCAUUUAAAAUUAUCAGACAUAUCUAAACUGUCAUAGAGAGAGGAUGUUACUUGGCCAGUAGAAAUAUGCAAUACAUGCAGCUAUGCAAGACCAAAAGAAAGCUGAGGUCUUCAAGGAAGAUGCUUAUUUAAAAUAAAAUAAUGGAGUCUCACAUCCUUUAUUGAUGGUGGUGAAGGCAAGCAGUUUCAAAACUGGUUAUUUUUCAUUACAGUUGUUGCAGGGUUUGUCUGUGUUACAUUCCCUUUCUGUCCCCUCACCUCCCCCCAGAAAUCAGACUAUUUCAGAGUAGGUACUAAUGAAGUUAAGAUUUUUAAUUACUAAUUAACACUGGAAGGAAAGAUACCAGUUACAGCUUUUGAUCUUUUCUCUUUGUAAGUGCACUAGGGAAUUGUUGAUUUAUUUUGGGAACCACUUUUUUUCUUUUAAUGAGAGGGAACCUAUGUUAAAUUUAUGACAAUUUAUCAACUCUACAGUAUUUUAGAAACAUUGAGUAUUUUAAAAACAUUCAAGUGUUUUUUUAUUUUAUGAAAAUAAUAAUGAUUUAUAUUUAAGUUCCACAAAUACCCCUUUUAAAAAUCAGUAUGUCAGGUUAAAAUUUUAAAGGAUGUAUUGUUAGUUUUUCAAAAUGGAGUUUACAAAAACAUGAUAAAAUCAAUAUUCAAGUAAGCUUUUUUGUAAUUUGAAUAAAUUUUUUUGUGUGCAGGUAGGUGAAAGUAAGUGAUAUGAAAAUAUACAAAUUCUUAUCACUAUAUGUUGCAUGUGAACUUUCUAAAAUGAUACUUACAUGUAUGAAUUCUUCUGAAAUAAACAGUUCAGCUUCUUUGGUGUUUCAAGAUGUGUGCAAGGAAAUUGAUUUAAAAAUAUAUUCCAUUUCAGUCACUGCUGGGCUUUGAAGGAAGUGUUAUUCUCUAGUAAGUUACUUUUUUAAUUUAAUUUUUAGGCAAGUUUUACAGCUUCAAAGAAAAUAC